AAGAAAUGUCAGAGCUGCUGUUCAAUAUGACAGUUCAGAAGAGAAGAAAGAAAAGUCUACAAAUAUUGUUUGUGAUCUGGCUCCAUAGUCAUUAAUGGACACAUGAUGAUAGGCUGGAGCAGGAGCUGAAUCUAGAGGCUGAAGACAAACAACUGAUGUUAGUGGAGUGAGAUUCAUGUUUUACAGUGCAGAGUUACAGUGUGAUUCCUGCUGACCUGACUGAAGCAGCGUUACUACAAGCAGUGAGUGAGUGAAGGACCAUGACAUCUGCUGAACAGCAUUAUGACACACAAGAUGAGAUGGAAGAAGAAAAGCUGAAACACAAGGAAGUCCAGAUGAGCAGCAGCGCUCGCAGUGAAGUCGGUGUUGGUGUGAAUGCUGAAACUGGAGGAACUGCAAAUGUUCCUGUACUCACUGGAAACACCAUCACAGGCCCAGUGACCUUCAUCUACAACACUGCAGGAAACGCACCACAAAAAGCCUCAGAGAGACAGACGGAGAAGCACACAGUAGAUCAAGGCUCAACUGCAGAGGACAAUAAAGCUGCUCUUCAUGAGAUCAGCCACAGACUGAAGGUCAAAUUAAAACAGGAGUAUGAACGAAUAUUGGUUGGUAAUUCUCAGAUGGGUCAUCAGAAAUACCUGAACGAUAUUUACACUGACCUGUAUAUGGUGGAGAAUGAGACUGGAGGAAUAGUGAGUGAGCACGAGGUGAGACAGAUCGAAUUCAAACAAUUUGAUGCCAAGGACACACCAAUCCAGUGCAAUAACAUUUUUGAAGUCCAUGAGGGUCGACGAAACAGAAAAGUGCUGACGAUGGGCAUCGCAGGGGUAGGAAAAACAGUCUCUGUCAAUAAAUUCAUCCUUGACUGGGCUGAAGGAACAGAAAAUCAGGAUAUUGCAUUAAUUUUUCCUCUUCCAUUCCGUCAGCUAAAUUUGAACACAAAAAACUGCAGUCUAAUGGGACUGCUUCACAAAUACUUAAGUUAUCCUGAAGAACUGGCCUCUCUUCCUGAUGGUGACGGUAAAAUCAUGUUCAUCUUUGAUGGGCUGGAUGAAUGUCGCUUCUCUUUGAACUUUAAAAAGAAUGACGGAUUUACAGAUGUUCACAAAGAAACAACAGUGAGUAAGAUAGUUACAAGCCUGAUCAAGAGACAACUGGUUCCUUCUGCUCUCAUCUGGAUCACAUCCAGACCAGCAGCAGCCAGUCUGAUACCCCGAAACUACAUUGAUCAGGUGACAGAGGUGCGAGGAUUCAACGAUGAGCAGAAAGAGCAAUACUUCAACAAAAGUAGUCCUGAGGUUGCUGGAAACAUCAUCCGUCAUAUCAGGAAAUCCAGGAGCCUGUACAUCAUGUGCCACAUCCCCGUCUUCUGCUGGAUCUCUCUCACUGUUCUUCAGCCUCUACUGGCUCGAGAGAGCAAUGACAAAACACCCACAACUCUCACAGGGAUGUACACAAGCUUCUUACUUAGUCAGCAGCAACAGAUGACAGCAAAAUACAGUGAUGAUCCUGAACCUGAAGCCAAUGCCUGGUCUUUUGAUCAGAUUAUUCUGAAGCUUGGGAAAUUGGCCUUCCAACAGCUGGAAAAAGGAAAUCUGAUUUUCUACAAAGAAGAUCUUGUGGAAUGUGGACUAGAGGUCAAUGAAGGGUCGGUGUUCUCUGGGUUAUGUACUCAAAUCUUUCAGGAGGAAAAAGCUGUUUCAGCAAGAAACGUUUACAGUUUCGUACAUCUCAGCAUCCAGGAAUUCCUUGCUGCUCUCUAUGUGUUUUUGAUUAGCAAAGAUAAGAAAGCAAAGCUACUUUUUGAAUCCCAGAGAGAAAAACUCACAUGGAAACUGUCCAGAAAGACACUGUUUCAGCUUCAUAAGGGUGCGAUCAACAAGGCUUUACAAAGCGAGAACGGACACCUGGACCUUUUCCUCCGGUUCCUCCUGGGUCUCUCUCUGGAGUCUAAUCAGAAUGACCUGAAGGAAUUAGUGCCAGGACUGGAACUCAAAACAGAGAACAUGAAAAACACUGCUGACUAUAUCAAAAAGAAAAUAGAGAAGGAGAAAUCAGUGGAGAGGACCAUCAAUCUCUUCCACUGUUUAAAUGAAAUGAAAGAUGACUUUGUAGGGGAAAUCCAGAAGAAUCUGAGCUCAGGAAAUCUUUCAGCACAGAAUCUCUCCUCUGCUCAGUGGUCUGGUCUGGUGUUUGUGCUCCUGAUGUCAGAAGAGACUCAAGAGAAGUUUGAACUGCAGAAACACAGAAGAUCUGAUGAAGCAGUGAUGAGACUGCUGCCAGUGAUCAAAAACACAAGAAAAGCACUGCUACAACGCUGUAAUCUCACUGCUCAGUGUUGUGAGAGUUUGUCAUCAGUUCUACAAUCCUCAAACUCCUUCCUGAGAGAGCUGGACCUGAGUAACAAUGAUCUAAAGGAUUUGGGAAUGAGGCUUCUUUCUGAUGGACUAAAAAGUCCAAACUGUCAGCUGGAAAUACUGAGAUUUUCCAUAUGUAAUCUCACUGCUCAGUGUUGUGAGAGUUUGUCAUCAGUUCUACAAUCCUCAAACUCCUUCCUGAGAGAGCUGGACCUGAGUAACAAUGACCUACAGGAUUCAGGAGUGAAGCUUCUUUCUGAUGGACUGAAGAGUCCAAACUGUCAGCUGGAGAUACUGAGAUUGUCUGGCUGUAUGGUGACAGAUGAAGGCUGUGGUUAUGUGUCUUCAGCUCUGAGUUCAAACCCCUCACACCUGAGAGAGCUGGACCUGAGCUACAAUCACCCAGGAGAUUCAUUCAUUGAUAAAUUCAACCAUCAAAACUGCACACUGGAUAAACUUAACGUGGAUCAUGGGGGAGAGUUCAGGAUAACAGCAGGAUUACACAAAUAUUCCCAUCGGCUCACUCUGGAUCUGAACUCAGUGAAUAAACUACUCCAUCUGUCUGAGAGGAACACAGUGAUUACAUACACUAACACACCGCAGUCGUAUCCUGAUCAUCCAGACAGAUUUGAUCAUUAUCCUCAGGUGUUGUGUAGAGAGAGUGUGUGUGAUCGACGCUGUUACUGGGAGAUUGAGUGGAGUGAUGGUAUGUCUGUAUCAGUGUCAUAUAAGAGCAUCAGCAGGAAGGGACGGGGUUAUGAGAGUAUGUUUGGACGUAAUGAUCAGUCCUGGAGUUUGUACUGCUCUCGCUCCAGAUACUCAUUCAUACACAAUAACAUAGAGACUCAUCUCCCUGUAAAGCCCAUCAUCAGCGGUAGAGUAGGAGUGUAUGUGGAUCACAGUGCAGGAACUCUGUCCUUCUACAGCGUCUCUGGAGACACAAUGAGCCUCAUCCACACACUCCAGACCACAUUCACUCAACCCCUCUAUCCUGGGAUUAGGGUUGGUUCUGGAUCAGUGAAACUGUGUUGAUGAAUCAGAUCAGGCUGUAGAGAGACUCUACCCAUAAUGCUUUGAGCUCAUGAUGAAUCAGUUACAGUGAGAUGUUAUAGAGUCUCUUCAUUACAUUAAUACUGAAAUAUCAUGACACAAUAAAUGUGUGUGUGUGUGUGUGUGUGAGAGAGAGAGAGAGAGAGUGCGUGUGUGUCUGUGUUAAUGACUCAAAAUCACAUCAUGAAAUAAAUGUUGAAAUAUUGUAAUAAAUGUUGAACUGCAGUGUACAUGUA